GGAAGGAUAGAGAAAGAGAGAGAGAAAAAAGAAGGAGAGAGAGAGACUCCGUCUAAAUUCUGUACAGCAUUUUGACAGAACGUGCGGUCUAUUAUUCAUUAAGUUUGUGAUUUGUAGAGACGUAAAAACAUAUGGCCGAUAUAUUGUUUCGUAUGCGAUGAAGGAUGAAGAUGUUGCGCGUUCUUUGACUGAACAAAAGUCCUAACUCCGAACUCCCAUUUGUCCGAACGACAUUUGUCUCGCUCUCCAAACGACAAUAAUCGAAUUGUUUGAGAUAGUGGUGUUUUAUAACCGCUUUGUGUGUGAGGUUCGUAAAAAUCUUUGUGAAAACACCGUGAGAAAAAACAAGAAAAAUGGCGUAUCGGGGUGUGAAGGGUUGCGAUCCGUUUGUGUCGAAGACAACGCGAAACGAACGGUUUGCGCAAAUGUCAAAGCAAGAAGAAAUAAUAAAACAGAAAACACAAGAGAUUCAGGCGAAGCUGCAAGAGCAGAAAGCGAAGGAAGCCGUGGAGUCGAUGAAAAAGUCGAAUUCGUCGUCCUCGUCCACGACCGCCAGCAAAAGUAACGACCCGAAAGAAGAAGAUGAAAAACCUGUCACAUCGCUUUCCAUGAACGUAUUCGCCAAUGACGGUAGUUUUCUCGAUCAGUUCAAGAAAAUAGCAAAUAAAGGAACCAGCAAGUCAGAGUCGCAGCAGGAUAAAUCUGAUGACAAGAAGAAAGAUGAAAAAAGUUAUGAGACCACUAGAGAAAGAGACAGAGAGAGAAAUCGUAGCAACGAAAAGAGCAGAGAUUGGGACAGCAGACGGGAUCGUAGAAGAAAUGAUCAACGUUGGGGAAGAAGCUCCGACAGGAAGAACAGCUCCUCUUCAAGUCCAUCGCCUACCAGACAAAGAUCGCCUAGUCCCGAACAUCGUAGCUAUAAUCAAUCACAGAACGGACACCACGCUCAAUACAAUCAAUUCCCUAUUCAGAAUAGCAAUCACGUCUCUUCCAUCCCAUCUCUUAUGUCGCAACCGGUGCAAAUGCAAAUGACCAAUGUGCCACCUCCCAACAUGAGAAACCUGACACCAAACGUUCCAUCCGCCCAUUUGCAAAGGAUACCGGCGCCGACCAAUUUUAGUAAUAAUUAUACUAGUAACAUGAACGAUCACUGUAACAGAAUGCAAAUCGCACCACCACAUAUCAUACGACCACCACCGCCGCCGCCACCUCCAAUCCAAAAUAUUCCACCCAACACGAACGUCCCGCCGCCGAACAUGCAAAUUUCUCAGCCCAUGCCGAUGCCGAAUUUGUCUUCGUCAUCAAACGGACAACAGCACAUGAUACAAAAUUCACAACAGUGUAACGUACCACCCCCGGUCUGCAGCGCUAAUUUACAACCUCCGAAUAUCCCUCCGCCUAACAUACCACCGCCCAACAUUUUGCCACCGAUGUCGCAAAUGCCACCGACCAUGAUGCCUAUCACGGGCUCCCAGGCUGUCGUAGUGACAGUGCCCAAUGUAGCCAACGUGCCACCACCAAAUGUGAUAACGUCCAUGAUAAUGUCAGCACCUCCGCCAGUGCAUACCGUUCCGUCUACCAUCAAUUCGGUCCCACCGCCAAAUUUAAAUAUUCCUCCACCCAACGUUCCACCUCCCACUGUUAUUCCGAACGCAGCACCACCGCGGAAUCUUAUGUCCACUAGCUAUCCACUUUCUAAUCAGGUACCUAUCUCAGUGGGUCCUCCUAACGUGCAGAUACCGCCGCCCGUGAGACCGCCGACGAAUCUGCAGAGCUCCGAACAACAAGUGUGUCUAGUAGAGGCUGAGCAGCUGGCACGCAUUGUGGCUGACUGUGGAGAUGAAAUUGAACAAGAAGUGCGCGAGAAGAAUGCCCAAGAUCCUAAAUUAUGGUUUCUGCACCAAAAGCAAAGUGCAGCGUAUCUGCAGUACAGGGGAUUGGUUUCGAAGUUUCGCGCCGAAAAGUCGGACAAGGACAAGAAGAACAGCGGCGCGGAGCUGUACUGCCCCGAAGAAGCUCUCAGCGACAACGACGAGUCAGAUAAAUCCCAGAAAUCCCAUACGACUGCAUAUGCAGAUCACUCGGAGGAUAAUAAAGAAGAACGGAAAAGAAAAAGACGUAGUCGUUGGGGCGAUCCGGACACUAAGGUUUAUGUUCCGGAAUCGAGUGUGUCUUCUGAUAACAGACCGGGCGCUGCGCUUCCGCGACCUGGGAUAGCCAUACCGGGACAAAUCGGCCAACCCGCGGUUAUAAUACCGUCUCCAUCAAAGGGACAAAACACGAAGACGAAGAAUCCGAUGCUCACCAAGAUAUCGCGUAACGAUCCUGCGCUUAUUCAAUAUGCAAAGCAGACUUUCGGCACGCUCGAUCUAAGCGAGGAACAAUGGAAAAAAGCAGAGGAUCAUUAUAAGAUAAAUCUUUUGUACCAAAAUCUCUUGAAGAAAAGAGAAGAAGUUAAACGCUUGGAAGCGCAGGGAAAACACAAAUACGAGUACGACAGCGACGAAGAGACGGAAGGUGGAACUUGGGAACACAAAUUGAGAUCCGCCGAAAUGGAAGCGACUCAAAUGUGGGCCGAGGAACUGACCGCGCAAGCGGAGGGCAAACACCACAUUGGCGAUUUUCUACCGCCGGACGAAUUGAAGAAAUUCAUGGAGCAAUACAAGGCUGUAAAACAAGGAAAAGAACCUGAUUUGAGCGACUAUAAAGAAUAUAAGUUAAAAGAAGACAAUAUAGGAUUUCAGAUGUUACAAAAGCUAGGAUGGAGCGAAGGACAGGGCUUAGGUAGUGAGGGUAGCGGCCGUAUCGAACCGGUUAAUAAAGCUACAAAUAGACUCGAUAGCGCGGGAUUAGGAUCGGAGAGACCAGACGGAGUGUCUAGAGACGACGAUGAAUUCGAUGCGUAUAGGAAAAGAAUGAUGUUAGCUUACAGAUUUAGGCCUAAUCCAUUAAACAAUCCGAGAAGACCUUAUUAUUAAAAAACAAAACAAAACAAAAAAAAAAAAAAAGAUAUAAGGUAUACACCUAAAUAUAUUCUUUUUAUCAUACAAUUAUGUAGUAAAAGUCUCUUUAUUUUAUAUAUCUCGAGAAUCUGUACAUUUCAUUUACAAAUGUAUCUCUCUUAUAGAAUUUUCACUUUUCUCUAAAUUACAAUCAGAGAAAAAUUACAUGAAAGUUCGAUGUAUUCGAAUGAUGAAAAAAGUGCGGUGCAUUAAUACAAACAAAUUUGUGAAUAAAA